AUGAAGGUGGUAAACCUCAAGCAAGCCAUCCUGCAGGCGUGGAAGGAGCGAUGGAGCGACUAUCAGUGGGCCAUCAACAUGAAGAAAUUCUUCCCCAAGGGAGCUACCUGGGACAUCCUCAAUCUGGCAGAAGCCCUGCUCGAGCAGGCCAUGAUCGGACCAUCCCCCAAUCCUCUCAUUCUGUCUUACUUGAAGUACGCCAUCAGCUCCCAGAUGGUGUCUUACUCAACAGUACUCACAGCCAUCAGCAAGUUUGAUGACUUUUCCCGUGACCUCUGUAUCCAGGCCCUACUGGAUAUCAUGGACAUGUUUUGUGACCGGCUAAGUUGUCAUGGCAAGGCAGAGGAGUGCAUAGGUCUGUGCCGUGCCCUCCUCAGUGCCCUUCAUUGGCUGCUUCGAUGUACAACUGCCUCUGCAGAACGAUUUCGGGAGGGUCUUGAAAUGGGGGCUACAGCAGGGGAAAAACAACUCACCAUGUGUCUUCAGCGGCUUAACAAGCUCCUCAGCAGUACUAAGAAUCGAGCCCUGCUACAUAUUGCCAAACUGGAGGAAGCCUCCUCCUGGACAGCCAUUGAGCAGUCACUGUUGAAACUUGGGGAAACCUUUGCCAGCCUUAGCAAUUGCCAUCUUCAGAGUCAAGCAGAAGAGUGUGGAGCUCUCAUUAGAAGCAUUCCCAUCAUGUUAUCUAUGCAUUCAGAGCAGCUGCACAAGACUGGGUUUCCCACAGUGCAUGCUGUGGUCCUCCUGGAGGGCACCAUGAACCUGACAGGAGAGAUGCAGCCAUUGGUGGAACAGCUGAUGAUGGUGAAGAGGAUGCAGCGUAUUCCCUCCCCACUCUUUGUCCUCGAGAUCUGGAAAGCUUGUUUUGUUGGACUCAUUGAAUCUCCUGAGGGCACUGAGGAGCUCAAGUGGACAGCCUUUACUUUUCUGAAGAUUCCUCAGGUUUUGGUGAAACUGAAGAAAUAUCCUCAGGGGGACAAGGACUUCACUGAAGAUGUCAAUUGUGCCUUUGAAUUCCUGCUGAAGCUCACACCCUUGCUAGACAAGGCUGACCAGCGUUGCAACUGUGAUUGUAUCAACCUGUUACUCCAGGAGUGUAGUAAACAAGGACUGCUCUCUGAUGUGAACACAAGCAGCCUGAUGGCCAAGCGUACAGCUGACCGAGAACAUGCCCCUUGGUUGAAAUCAGCUGAAAAUGCCAACAUCCAGCCCAAUCCAGGAUUGAUUCUUCGAGCAGAGCCCACAGUCACUAACAUUCUCAAAACAAUGGAUGCAGAUCACUCUAAGUCUCCAGAAGGGCUGUUGGGGGUUCUUGGUCAUAUGCUUUCUGGGAAGAGCCUGGAUUUGCUUUUAGCUGCUGCUGCAGCCACUGGAAAACUCAAGUCCUUUGCCCGAAAAUUCAUUAGUUUGAAUGAAUUCACAAAGCACAUAAAUGCUGAAAACUCCAAAGCAGCUUCAGUCCGUGCGCUUCUCUUUGACAUCUCCUUUCUCAUGUUGUGUCAUGUGGCCCAGACCUAUGGUUCAGAGGUCACUGACCGGUCCAUGAGCAGUUCUCUGUCAGCCUCUCAGCUACACACAGUCAAUAUGAGGGACCCUCUGAACCGAGUCCUUGCAAACCUGUUCCUGCUCAUCUCCUCCAUCUUGGGGGCCAGGACAGCAGGUCCUCACACCCAGUUUGUGCAGUGGUUCAUGGAGGAGUGUGUGGAUUGCCUGGAGCAGGGCAGCAGAGGCAGCAUCCUGCAGUUCAUGCCUUUCACAACGGUGAGUUUGGGGGCAGAGGUGGGGGAUGGGAGGUCAGGGGCCCUGUGCUGCCCCUUAGGGUGCUGUUCUACAUCUCAAACAUCCCAUUGAGUGGAGGGAGAUAUUGGCAGCUCUGCUCUUUGGUGUUGGGGAGUGAAUCUGGGGAGGGAUGGGCAGAAUACCCCCAGUACUUACAGAGGAGAUAGAGAUUAUUUGGAAUCAGACAUUUGAGCAGUUUCCAAAACAUUCCUUUAAUUUCCUGUCUAAGACUUCUAUGAGCCAUUUUAUAAUAUCCACUGCUUGGCUACUCAUCAUUUAGAACCUGGAGAGGUUCUCAUGCUGCCUUAGUUCUAGGUCAAAACCUCUUCCUUGUCUCUUUUAUUUCUAUUUUUUAAUUAAGUUGUUUUCACACACCAAGUAUUUAUUUUCUCCCCUUCUCAUUCUCCCUUCCCCCAUUGAAAAUAAAACAAAACCCUUGUAACAAAUGUAGUUACUCAAGAAAACAGAAUUUCAUAUUCUGUUUUUCCAAGUGGCAGUUAAUCUUCUGGGGUUGAGAAAGACUUGUAACUUUUUAUGCCCUUGGGGUCCAGUUUCCACCCCAUCUUUAUUAUAAAUAAAGAACAUGCUCUUCUGCU